GCAAAUGAGCGUACGUUCCUAGCCUUCCUGCGUACGAGUCAAAUGUUCUCGAUGACGGGCAUCUUUAUUGCUCAACUGUUUCGUUUGCAGCACUCCCUAAACCCUAGCCCUGUCUUUGGCUUUCACAUCGUCGGUGUACCAUUCUCAAGCAUUUGUCAAAUCAUGGCCAUUCUGCUACUUUUGGUUGGCACUGCUCGCUUUCUCAAACUGCAAAAGCAAAUGGCCCUUGGAAAAGCCAUUUCUGGAGGUUGGGAAAUCAACCUUGUGGCAGUACUGUCCUUGGCGGUG